GAGGCACAGUCGUCUUCUAGGAACAGCACAGCUGCAGCACAGCACCAAACCGCACCACCAUGAAGCUGGCUUACUCCUCUCUCGUCCUUCUGCUGGCCGUCUGGUCGCUGGACGCAGCGUCGCCGCGGCUGCCCGCCGAGCUGCAGCGGCGGGGGCUGGGCUGGGGGCUGGGCUUGGGGCUGGUGUCGACGCACGCCGUCGCCGCCAACAACCCCCAGUGCCACGACCGGUCGCGCAGCUGCGCCAGCUGCAACGCCGUCAACGUGUGCGCGUACGUCGGCAUGGGGUACCGCCUCAUCUCCAGCGAGGCCUGCCCCGACGACAAGCCCUUCUGCUUCAACGGCCAGUGCCAGAAGACGACGCCCUACGAGGCAUGCGGCAGCACGCCGCCCGUCACCACCGACUUCACCUGCAUCGACGACGAGGAGGUGCAGGGCUACUACCCGGCGCCCUUCUCCUGCGGCACGUACUACGUGUGCUCUAAGGGCGUGGCCUACGUGUACAACUGCCCCGCCGACCAGGUGUACGACCAGGUGAGCGCCAGCUGCGUGCGCCUCGACAAGAACCCCGGCAGCUGCAACAGCUUCAACUGCGCCGCCAACGUCAACAAGUACCUGCUGUACGGGCCCGACCCGUCCGUGUACGCGUUCUGCGUGUCCGCCACCAGCGCCCUGGUCAGCAAGUGCCCGGAGAACUACCGCAUGAACCCCUUCAACGGCCUGGAGCCCUGCAGGCCCUACUGCUCCAGCGCGGGCCGCAUCGCGGACGCUGACGUCCCCAACGCCUACUACAACUGCCUGGAGCUGGACGGCGGCCGCCUGUCGGCGCCCCUCAAGGAGUACUGCCCGCCCGGCAUGCUGUUCAGCGCGUCCGCCAAGCGCUGCGUGCAGAACCCCGCCAGCCAGAACUCGACCGAGACCAGCUAGACAGCCGUGACAAACUCAACCACCGAAAUCCACCGAACGCUGAGGCCGCUAACGUCAUCUUUGAAAGCAUCUGACUGAUGAUUAAGAAUUCAGCUGUCUUAAGCAUAACUGCUUGUGGCCACUGACAACUCCGCGUUGUAAUAAAAAUGUUUCGACUGUAACAAAAUCAAAA